AUGGAUGAAGAUAAUAAGCUUUUGGAUUCCACAGAGCUCCAGGAGCUUAAGAAAGACUCCGGAGCUCAAUCCGAGACUUUUCAAGAAGCACCAAAAUCCGAUUCUGACAGUUCAUCCAGCAACGACAGCAUGAGAGCCAUAAAGGACAUUUCUCUUGAUCAAAUGGAUAAAAAUGGGGGUGAUGUCAAUAAUUCCGAGGUCGAAGAUGGAACAAACUUGGAAGAAAAUGCAAAUCCAAAUGACGAUGUGAUAUCUGAGCAUACUAAAAAGGUUGAAGAGUACAUGCUGGCGGCUAAGAAGGGCGACAUUCCAGUGUUGAAGCAGCUUUUGGAAUCAGGAGAUGUCAAAGUAAAUGAUUGCCUGAGCGAAAAUGUGAGUGCACUUCACUGGUGUGCCUUAAACAACCACUUAGCUGCAAUAAAGUACUUAGUAUCGAAAGGAGCAGAUAUCAACUUUGCGGGUGGAAACUUGGUCGCAACGCCUUUGCAAUGGGCUUGCAGAUAUGGAUAUGUUUAUGUGGUAGACUAUUUGCUAAGGACAUGCAAGGCAGAGUAUAAGUCAAAGGAUAUUCAAGGGUUCAACUGCCUUCAUCUUGCCGUUCACUCCUCAAACAUUAUGAUGGUUAUUUAUAUCACAAGAUUCACAGAUAUAGACAUAGACGAGACUGAUCCAAAGGGACGGACUGCCUUGCAUUGGGCAGCAUACCAAGGAGAUGUUCUGUCGGUCGAGUAUCUUCUCCAACUUCAUCCAUCCGUUAAUAUAUCUGAUGAACUUGGCUUUAUUCCGCUACAGUGGUGUCUUGUGCGCCAAUCACAGUCUACAAUGACAAAACUUAUAGCUGCAGGCUCUGAUCUUCAUCAUUUGACUGCCAAUGGCAAAGAUUGCUGGACCAUGGCCCGAGAAAUGAACAGCACAUCAUACUUUACUGCAGCACUUCGAGAAUGUGGAUAUUCCAAAGAUUACACGAGACUAUACAAAUAUACAUCACUAUUCUCCAAGCGAAAUGCUAAAAUUCUCACAUUCUUUUCUCCAUUUCUCGUUCUUACAUUGUGCUUACAGAUUAUUGCAAAUUCGGGCAAUGCUCUUAUUGGUCUCGUCAUAGCUACCAUAAUUUAUAUCGGCCAAACACUGCUCAUAGGCAAAAAACUUGUCCCAUUUUACAACCACACCCCUCAUGCGCUUCUAAAGUCACCUUUUUUCUCUGGCGUGUUUGCUAGCACUGCCUUCUUGUGCAUUGUUUCGUGGGUAUUUAAGUUACUUCCGGCCACUUUUCUUGCAAACCCGUUAUCGAAUAUUGUUCUUUUCAUCUUGAUACUUAUAUUGGUGCCGUCGUUUAUCAAAUCAAUGACUUCUGAUCCCGGAUGUAUCCCCAGAGAAAGAGACAACAUGAAAAUAAAGCAGACCAUAGAACAGCUCAUGUAUGAGCGUAAAUUUGAUGCUUCCAACUUCUGCAUUUACACGAUGAUCAGAAAACCCCUUCGAUCGAGAUUUGACCGCGACAGAAUGAGAAAUAUUGCAAGGUUCGAUCAUUACUGUCCCUGGGUUUCAAAUCAGGUUGGAGUUCGCAACCAUAAAACAUUCCUAUGCUUUGCAACUAGUCUUCACUUGGCGAUCUUCGUCAUUUUUUUCCUAACGCGGGCAUAUUUCAACACGUUGGAUGAUGAUGAUGAUGAUGAUGAAAAUACUGGUUUGUGCUCAUUAAUAGGGGAAAACUUUUGCUUGGGAUAUCGCCAUUCAUCCUACACAUUCUAUCUUCUCAUCUGGGUUGUCUUCCAGCAAACAUGGCUCACGAUGCUCAUCUUGGUACAGUUUUUCCAAAUUUCAAGGGGUUACACAACAUACGAAUUUGAUGGACGUCAUGCUCAUCUACAUAACUCCAAUCCAACAUUUGCUUCCAUUCCAACCGAUGAGCUGGCAAAAUAUGGGCAGGCAAUGCAAGUUGAGAGUUCAGACACUGCAGAUUCAACAAUAGAAACAUUAAAUGAUAUGCCGGCGAAUCAAGAACCUCAGAAAAUAUCUUCAACCUCUAAAGUGCUUUUCUGCCUUUCGGCUGGCGUCAUGAAGUCAAGUGUAGGGAAAAUUCUUGGAUUGAAGCAGUUUGCUCUUAUCAGUAGGGAUUUAAUCAGGAUGAGAGGAAGACGACAAUUUCAACAAAUAGGCAGCCCUUACAAUUAUGGAUUCGUGAAGAACUGGUUAAACUUUCUCUUUUUGAAGAAGCCUGGAGAGUCUUAUUCAUUAAAGACUCUAGUGAAGAUUCCGGAACAUGGUGAGGCCAACUUGGGAGACUCAUAUGUUGACUAUUACAGGCUAUAUCAGGCUCCUGCUAACCCAAACUACACUUUGGUUUGA